CCCCGGGUGCCCUGCCCUGCCCUCCCUCAGGACCACCCUCUGACCCAGCCCCCACCCACCACUCAGGCCAAGUGCCCGCUGGGCCAUAGCCAUGCUGGAACCGUGGGCCCCUUGCGGCCCCUCCUGCCCGGAGCUCCCCGUCCAUGGGGACUCUGAUCACCGCGCGUGGGCCCAGGAGGAUCCGCUGACACGCGUGCAGAUGUUUGGCACGUAGUAGGCCUCUGACACCCGUGGCUGCGGGCAGCUGGCUGUUGACCUGGGUGCAAGCCCUGGACUUCCUCGAGGGAGGCCAGGGUUUCCCCAGGACCAGGAGGCCUGGGGCAGCGCCCGGUGCACCCUCAAGGCCAAGGAGCCCGGCACUGGGCCUCCAGGGCUGAUUGAGAGCGGAGGGAGAGUGUGGGGGCUCUCGGCACGGCUGCCGGGGUGCAGGCCGGGGGGCGGGAGCUCGCUCUGCAGGGAUGGGCCGAGUCCUGAGUCCGGGCGGGGUAUCAGGGACCUUGGAAGCCCAAGAAGCCCAGGCUACGGCGGUGAUGCCAGGGGCUUGGGACGGCGCCGGGGCUGUGGUGCAGGCCGCAGAGCGCCCUUGGCGAGGGGGGCACGGCCCCUACAAACGGAUCCCCGGUUGUCAGAGCCAGGACCUGAGGGCCCAGGCCCGGCAGACACAGCCCAGCCCUAGAGAUGCACGUGCCGCACGAUCACGCACCCCCACCUCAGCGCCUGGACGGGCAUGGCUCGCACACCACCUCCUGGAGGCAGCAGGCUGCCUGCUGCUGGAGGCAGCAGGCUGGGGUGGCCCAGGGGUCCUCGGGGGGAGGAUGUGCCCACGGGGCAACUGGCCCAGCCCUGCAGACUCCAGCAUCUGUGUCAAGGCAUGAACUCGCCCCAAGAACAGGUCGGGCUUGGGGACGGGCGGGCAGCAAGGGGAUGAUUUCAGGUCCAGCUCGAUCUGGGCCUCCCUGCGGCCCCAGGCAGCACCCGCGCGGCUGGAGCUGCUGAGGCUGGUGCCCCAGGCCUGUGCGUCUGGCUCAGAGAGAGCCGACGGGGCGAUCCUCCAGGCCAGGGCACUGGUUCUGGGAGUCCCAGUCCAGCAUGGCCUGAAGUUCUGCUCACGGAUGAAGCAUGAGGCGUGCUCAGGCCCAGGCCUGCGUGGUGCUCAGCACCUGGGGACACGGGUCGGCACACGAGGCUCCCAAACCCACGGUCCCGGCGGCGCCCUCCUGGGGGGCAGGGGCAGAUCGUGGUGGCCCCAGGCGGGGAGGGGAGCGGGGCAGGGCAGGGUGAGCCCUGGACGCCCCGCAGCCCGGGCUGCCCUCCAGACUCUCCUCACGGGGCUCUUGCCAGAAGGACCCGGGUCUGGCUCCCGGGAGCGUUCCCCAGGCCUGGUUGGGUGCUGAGGGCUCCUGGGCACCUGGAUCCCAAGACGUGGCAGGGCCAGGGUGAGGAGGCCCCCGGCCCCCGGGCCAGGAAGGGUGCCUGUUGGGGAUGUGGGUGUUCAGGAGCUGCUGGCCCGGCCUGGGGGGUCAGUCUGGUGACCCUGAGCACCACCCAGGGCUUGAGGACUUUCCUGUGUUGUCAUUGUUCUGGGGGUCAGGGGAACAGAGGAAGCUGAAGGAAGGGUGGCUGGGGCUGCUAGGGCUCUGGGCUGCCCCCUAAGGCCGGGGGCCACUGAGGCUUGCGGAGGGGCCCUGCCCUGAGGUGACAGCGGGCCUGGACAGAGCAUCAGGACGAAAGUGGGGGCUGGGCCGGCCUCUCCCUGGGGCUCCCUCCCCGUUCCCAGAGGCCCCAGCGGGAGGGCGGGCCCUGAAGGUGCCGAAGCUGAGUGGGCCCCGGCCUGGAGGUGACCCCAGCCCUGGCCCCUGCUCAGUCCUGCCACCCCCGAGGAGGACCGUGUGACCCCGAGGGCUUCCCAGGGCUGGUGCAGCACCGUGCGUACCCCGGGGCCCAGGCCGGGGGGCCCAGGCUGGCCGGGAGGAGGCCCCAGAGCCCCCCAGCAGCCUGUGUCGGAGCUCAGGCUACAGCAGCGAGCCCUGGGGACAGCUGAGCGCUGGGGUUUGUGAGCUCCCAGCCCACUGGCCCACGUGCGCUGGGCAGGUCGUGUCCACACGUACGAGGCCAGAGUGGACGUACUGCACGGGUGACACCAUGUCCUUGGCCACCCUCGUGGAUGGCCCGGGGGAAGCAUCCCUAACUGCCCUCAGCCAACAGCGAAGAGCAGCAUGACCUCCCGGGUGAGUGACGACACCUAAUGACCAUCACAGCUCUGUUUACCCCACGGUCAGACUGCGACGAAAGGCAGGGGAUGGGUCCAGGAGGACAGCGACCUUAGGGACGCCACCCCGGCUGCGUUCUCAUCCCGGUCGGAGAACACGCAAGCCCGCCACGCGUCCCCAGAGCAGCACCCCGUCCCCCACCCCGGUGAGCCCGUGUUAAUCAGACCAGGUGAGGGGGACGUGGCCGGUACCCCGGGCCUUCGUCGAGAGGAACCCAGGGGCCCAAGCUCGCCGGAAGCCCUCACACGGGGGAUGGGGCGGCCGAGCGUCACCAGGAGGGGGCCCGGCAGCUGGGCCACGGGAGGCCCGGUGCCCCACGGCCCCACUGGGACGGUUUGAGUAGGGUCUGCAGCAGGCGCCCAGCGGGGCCGUGGGGCAGCAGGUGGCCCGGGCCGGCCUGGCCAUCGUCCCAUGGGGCCCGCUGCCCAGAGUGGCUGCCUCGGACCUGCCCUGUGGCUUUGAGAGGAGGCACGAGCAACGGCGCCACACUGCACACGCGGGGCUCAGACCUGCGACACCCCUGCCCCGGUGCCCCCCAUGGCCCACACCUGCAGCCUCCAGGGGCCCCUGUACCGGCUGAGGUAGGGCAGGACUCAGUCGUGGGCCCAGGAUGGUCAGCAUGCGUGUGGGCAUAUGGGUGGAGGCCGUGGGCGGGGGGGGGGGGCGCGGACAUGAAAGUUUCCAGGCCAAGGACACCAAGGAGCGGCACCGGGGGGCAUUUGGAAUCCCACGCCGACCCCCCAGAACACGGCGGCCUGUGGGCAGCGGAGACGGGCUGAGCCCAGGACAGCCCAGCUGGCGACCCGCAUCCCUGAAGCCUUGGGGGGUGCGGGUGGCCUGGGUGCAGGGGGUGUUGAGCAGCGGGCCGGCCUGCCCCCUGGAGCCUGUGGUACCCCAGCCCCGGGUGUGACCAGCGUCCCCCGGGCCACCUGUGCACACCCGCGCUCACAGCCUGUUUGAGGGUGUGCACGGCGCCCGUGGGCCGCGUCAGCUUCGAUCCGGUGGGUAGUGAAACGAAGCAGAGAUGCCAGGCGAGGGUGGGCCAAGGCGGCUCGGGAGGGACGCGGCCCGCAGGCAGGGACAGCGGGAGUGGCGGGUGACACAAGCAGGCUUUACGGGGAAGGGUAGGGCACUGCGGGACAGGGUGACCGCGCUGGCGUCUGUGCGGGGUAUGGGAGGGCAGGGUGUGGCCUCGGCUUCCUGCCUGGAUUCUGUUGCCCCCUGAGGACGUGGCCUUGGGUGGUCUGUUGGUGGCAGGAAAGUCCCGAGGCGGGUGACAGAUGGACGGUCGCUGCCACUUUGCUGGCGCCUCCGAGACCCUCUUGAUGCUGCCGCCCCAACAGGCUGACUGCAGGCCCAGGGACCCAGCGUGCAGCACAGCCCGGCGGGCGGGGUGGGUGAGCUGGGCUCUGGCGCCGCUGCCAGAAGCUUCUAGCCGGAGGGUGCCGUCGCAGGAGGCCGGGUGGACGGAGGGCCCUCGGCGGGGGAGGCCGGGGAACCUGCCAGGAGGACACCCCGGAGGGGGCAGCGUCCCGGCCCCCGAGCGCGAGUCCGGUCCCCCAGGGACGCGGCAGGGGCCAGCGGGAGAGGCGGGUGUCCCGGGGGCCUUGGCGGGCAGCACGCGGGGCGGAGGAGGGAGCGGAAGGCGCGUCACGGGCCUCUGCGGGGGCGCGGCCACUGCGUCCUGUCCCGCUCUGCCCGGAGCUCAGGGGCCCAGCCUGGCCACCACGGAGCCUGCCCUGGGACCCCGCCCUCCUGGGGACGUCCCCGCCCCUCGCGGGUCCCCACACGGCGUCCCUGGGCCGGUCCCGCAGCGCCACCUGCUGGCCGCGCCGCCUCCGGGCCCAGGCUGCCCCCGACGCUGCCCAGGCCGGAGCGGAGGCUGCAGGGCCUGGGCGGGGGUUCCACUGAGUCACCCCAACCCCAGCAGAGCCAAGGCCCCUGGAGGGGCUCCCACGGUAUGGCAGUCAGCGCCCGGGCCCCCCACCUGUGCACGUGGGCCGCCCACCCCGUGGUCUCGCGGGCCCCGCCCAUGCCCGGAGCCCCACACCUGGGUGGCAAGUUGCUGCUGGGGUCAGGUCCGCCCUCCUGCCCACGUGGCCCCCCGGUCCAGCCGCUACUCACACAGCAGGCCGUGCCUGGGCCGGGGACACGCACCUGUUUGCAGGGGAGGCGGCUCCAGACCGAGGGGCAGGGGCAGGGGCAGGGAGCUGACAACCAGGGGGCCAGGGAGGAUGGAGCGGGAGGAGGGCAGGAGCCAGCCCCCCCACACACCCCUCCCCCCCGCAGGAUGGUGCAGAGGCCCUGAGGACAGACCACCUUGGUGGGUUCUGGGGGCCGGGUCAGCCUGCUGCUCUGCCGCCCUGGGGGGCCCUGAGUGGGGGUUCCAGAGCAGGACGUGGUGGGGGUAACGGGGCACCCUAGGCCCAGAGCCACCUGCUGGCCCAGGGUGGGGCCUUGGCACAGCCCCCAGGGCACCACAGAGGAGCCAGCGCGGUUCCAGGCUUCCAGCAUGGGCCUCCCCCACCCCCGCUGCAUGCCGCCUGUGGAGGGGGGUCGCGUGUCCACAGAGCCCUGGUGACCCCACCACGCGGGGACUCAGGACCCUCUGGGUUCCCACGGGAACCAGUUCCCUGCCCCAGCCACGUGGCCUGGACCCUCCAGCCCCGUCUCCACAAGCAAACCACGUAUCCGCGCGAGGACCGUGCUCUUCGCCCCACCCCCAGUGGACCCCCCAACAGGUGCCCCUGGUCAAGAGCAGACCCCGCCCGUGCAGGCUGCCCACUCGUGUCCCCUUUAGGAAUUCAGGGACGCCUGGCCUGGUCCCCCCAGACACAGAGGCAGGGCAAAGGGGUCAGCGGAAGCGCGCGAGGACGCAGAGAAACCAGAAGCAGAUGCGUGUUCUGUGGCUGUCUACCCUCAACGGUCAAUUUUAUUAUAAACAACAGUAUCAAAAUAUACAAAUCUGUUUAAGAACAA